GAAUGAGUUCCACAUCAACCACAAGUUGUCCCUUGCCGUCACUGCUUGUGCCCGAACAGGAGGACCAGGAGUGUUCUGAUACGCAUAUGUCUGUGUUGUGGUACGCGGGGCAGUUUGCAGUUACUUACUAUGACACAGAAGACUGCUCAGUUUACUUCAUGCCUGACACACCUGAUAAUGAAGACCUUGACCUACUGCAAAAAGUAAUUGAGGAAGUUCACCCUCAAUGCAUAGUGACAAGUGCAAAACAGGACCAGAAUAUUGCCAAAUUCCUGACCGACCUAACAGCUAGUGAUAGUGAUAGAGAUAUGGGAAAACCAGAAGUUGUCCUGUUUCCUAACACAGACUUUGGCCUAGAAGUCAGCAAACAACGAAUCCUAUCCAGGCAAUUUCCAUUCAUCCCAUCCCAUAUGACUGCAACGGAGAAAAUUCUCUACUUGUCCUCAGUCAUCCCUUUUGAGAGCCCACUCGUUAUAAGAGCUCUAGGGGGGCUCCUGAAGUUCCUAGACAGGAGAAGGGUUGGAAUUGAGCUAGAAGAAAGCAGUGUUGUGGUUCCUAUUUUGGCCUUUAAAAAGUUUGUGCUGUCAGAUACUGUGAAUAUGGACCAAGAUACUUACUGUGUCCUGCAGAUAUUUAAAAGUGAUAUCCAUCCUUCUGUGUACAAGCUGUCUAGUGGAUUAAAAGAAGGAUUCAGUUUAUAUGGGAUUUUAAACCGCUGCAGGUGCAAAUGGGGAGAAAAACUGCUGAAGCUGUGGCUUACACGACCUACUCGCAAUUUGACAGAGCUAAACAAACGGCUGGAUGUUAUCCACUUCUUCCUACUGGCUCAGAACCAUGAAACAGUCCUCACCCUUCAAGACUGUCUCAGGAAUAUAAAAAACGUGCCUCUUAUUCUAAAAAGAAUGACCCUUUCCCAUACAAAAGUUAGUGAUUGGCAAGCUCUCUAUAAGACACUGUACAGCGCAGUGUGCCUUAGAGACACGUGCCGUUCUCUGCCCAGUAACAUUGAACUCUUUCAGACUAUUUCACGUGUCUUCACUGAUGAUCUGCACUACAUCGCCAGUCUCAUCAGCAAAGUAGUGGACUUUGAAGGCAGCAUCUCAGAGAACCGCUUCACUGUUAGACCUAAUGUGGAUCCCACCAUUGAUGAAAAGAAACGAAGGCUAAUGGGACUGUCAGACUUCCUUACAGAAGUGGCACGAAAAGAACUGGAAAGCUUGGACGAUCACAUUCCUUCCUGUUGUGUGAUCUACAUUCCUCUGAUUGGGUUCCUUCUCUCCAUUCCACGGCUACCAACUAUGGUGGAUAAGAGUGACUUUGAAAUUGAAGGCUUGGACUUCAUGUUUUUGUCAGAGGACAAACUGCACUACAGAAGCGCGAGGACUAAGGAGCUGGACAGCCUGCUGGGUGACUUGCACUGUGAGAUAAGAGACCAGGAAACGCUAAUUAUGCACCAGCUGCAGACAAAGAUCUUGGAGAAGUCUGAAGUGCUUAGCAGCGUGAUCGAGUACACUGCACACCUAGAUGUGCUGCUGGCUUUGGCAGUGAUGGCCCGGGAGAACUCCUACUGCCGGCCGCGCUUUACUCACCGCCACGGCUUCCACAUCAAGGAAGGGAGGCAUCCGCUCAUGGAACUAUGCGCAAAGACUUUUGUGGCCAAUCCUGUGAACAGUGGUGAGGCUGCCAGACGAAUAAAGAUCAUCACAGGGCCCAACUCAUCUGGAAAGAGCGUCUACUUAAAGCAAGUAGGUCUUAUAAUAUUUAUGGCUCUGAUUGGCAGUUAUGUCCCUGCAGCAGAGGCAGAGAUUGGAGCAAUUGACGGGAUUUACACAAGAAUCCACAGUAGGGAAUCUGUUUCUGUAGGGCUCUCCACUUUCAUGAUUGAUCUUAACCAGGUUGCCAAGGCAGUAAACAAUGCUACGGAGAGGUCCCUGGUACUUAUUGAUGAGUUUGGUAAAGGGACCAACACACUAGAUGGGCUGUCUCUUCUGGCUGCUGUGCUGAGGUACUGGAUCAAUCAAGGAACCCGCUGCCCACAGGUCUUUGUCUCCACGAAUUUUCACAGUUUGAUGCAACUAGAACUCCUGCCUGCCACACCUCUUCUGGAGUACCUGACCAUGGAGACCCACCAAGAUGGAGACGAGUUGGUAUUUUUCUAUCAGAUCAAACAAGGCGUGUCCACCGUCAGUCAUGCUGCCAACAUCGCUGCAUUAGCUGGAAUGCCAGCCAAAAUUAUUGAAAGAGGAGUGGAAGUGUCAGAACUGAUCCGCAAUGGAAAAGCUAUCAAACGUAUCGAUCACCCUUCAAAAGGAGACCAGAUGGAAAAAUGCAAGUCUGUUGUGGAAAAGUUUCUUUGCCUAGACCUUGAUGAUCCCCAUCUGGACUUAGAAGAGUUCAUGCGUAAAGAGGUGCUGCCUUCUGCAGCCUCAGUUCUGUAACAGGGCUAUGUGUAAAAGCAUGAAUUACAUGGUAUCUACCAUGUUUAGUAGGACAGUUCAGUAAUUUAAGCAAUAAUGACAAUGACUAACACCUCACACUACAUUUUACUUGCAAAAAACUGUCUGUAGGGUACGUCCUUUCUUAUUGUUUAAAAAAAAGUAUUGUAAAUAGGCAUCUCUGCAAUACGGUCUAUGAUAUGAAAACAAGAAGGCUGAACAAAGAGAAUUCAAGAACCUCUUCCACUUGUUGGACUAUACAGUUUGUGUUUUUUUAGCCCCUACUGUUAGAUCCCCAGACUGAAAAAAAUACUGUAGAAAAAUCACAAAAUAUUUCUGCUGUUUUCAUGAGGCUGUAUAAGCAAAGUGAUUCUUGUUUUGUGUUUGUGUCGAAGUGAUUGUUUCAGCUAUUUUAGGAUCAGCAUCAAAAGAUUACAAAUAAGUGCCUCAGACUCCCAGAUCAGCAAAUAACAGUUGUCGCAAUACAAACCUCUGAAGUAAAGGCUGAUUAAUGGAAAUAGAGAGAGGGAUUUAAUGAGCUCUGUGGCUUUUCUUAAAACAGCAUUUCUGUCUAAAAUGCCAUAGAUCCCAAGAGUUGCUAUAAAAAGAAUGCUGGAAGUCAGAAUCAGCAGGGACUGAUUACAGGGGAAGCGCUUUGGUUUUACUGAGAAUCACUCUCUUCUCUUCAGGUCC